AUGGCCCAGGGUGGAGCGGGCGACGAGUCUGCAGGGGCUACGAGUGGCGAGAGCAAGCGACAGGGCGGUGCUGCGCCCGCACCUGGUGUGGAAGCCAAAGCUGGAGCAGGGGCUGCAGCAGCGGCUGGAGCAGCGGCUGGGAGCACGAGUGCGAGCGCACAACAAGCUGGAAAAGCCGCGCCUGCGACUGCGACUGCGACUGCGACUGCGGACGUGACGGCUCACGCGACUCUGAGCGUCAAGGAACAGCGGGCAAAGGAUCUGGGCAUCAUCAGGAAGCUCAUUGGGCAUAUCUGGCCCGCUGGAGACUUUGGCACGAAGAGCAGAGUCGUGCUCGCACUCUUGCUCCUCGUCGGCGGAAAGCUGCUCAAUGUGCAAGUGCCCUUCUUUUUCAAAUCCAUCGUCGAUGGCCUGUCGGAGCUGUCUAGCACGCCUCUGGACAUGUCUAACCCGCACACCGUAUGGGCCGUGGCAGGAGCGAGCAUUCUGGGUUAUGGACUGGCCCGCAUCGGUUCUGCGGCAUUCUCGGAGCUGCGGAACGCAGUGUUUGCCAACGUGGCUCAGCGGUCCAUUCGAAGCGUCGCGAGAUCCGUCUUUACCAGACUGCUGUCCCUCGAUCUAUCUUGGCACCUGUCCAGACAGACCGGCGGACUGACCCGCGCCAUAGACAGGGGAACAAAGGGAAUCUCCUUUUUGCUCACUUCCCUCGUCUUUCACAUUGUCCCAACCGCGCUGGAGAUCAGCCUGGUGUGCGGCAUUCUCAGCUACAAGUGCGGUCCCAGCUUUGCUGCAGUCACCGCCCUCACCAUGGCUGCGUAUGCUGCCUUUACCAUCAAGACGACGAGCUGGAGGACAAAGUUUAGAAAGGAAGCCAACGAGGCUGACAAUAGGGGAGCCAGCACCAGCCUAGAUUCUCUGCUCAAUUACGAGAGCGUCAAGUACUUUAACAAUGAGACGCACGAGAUCCAAAAGUACGACAAGGCGCUAAAGGAGUACGAAAAGUCGAGCGUCAAGGUCGCCACCUCGUUGGCCGCACUCAACACUGGCCAAAACUUCAUCUUUAGCUCGGCGCUCACGCUCAUGAUGCUAUUGGCAGCUCAAGGUGUUGUAAAGGGGACCAUGACUGUGGGCGAUUUGGUGCUCGUCAACCAGCUCGUCUUUCAGCUCAGCCUUCCGCUCAACUUUCUCGGCACCGUCUACCGCGAGCUGAGGCAGAGUCUGAUCGAUAUGGAGGCCAUGUUCAACCUCGAGGCCGUAAAAGUCAGCGUGCAAGAUAAAGCCGACGCGCCCCCCUUGAAAGUGUCCAAGGGCGAAAUCGUUUUCGAAAACGUGACGUUCGGAUAUCAUCCUUCCAGGCCAAUUUUCAAAAAUUGCUCCUUUACCAUUCCUGCAGGAGUGCGAACAGCCAUCGUUGGACCCAGCGGGUGCGGCAAAUCUACCGUAUUUCGACUCCUCUUUAGAUUCUACGAACCUCAGAGUGGACGUAUCCUGAUCGAUGGCCAAGACAUUCGAGAAGUCAGCCUGGAGAGCCUGAGAAAGGCAGUCGGCGUUGUUCCGCAAGAUACGGCGCUUUUCAAUGGAAACAUCAUGGACAAUGUCAGGUACGGCAAUCUCGAAGCGUCGGACGAGCAAGUUGCAGAAGCGAUGAGGAGAGCCAAGGUGGAUCGCAUCGUUCAGACGCUGCCCGAGGGAUACGACACCAAAGUCGGAGAGCGCGGCUUGAUGAUCAGUGGCGGCGAAAAGCAGAGAUUAGCGAUCGCUAGGCUAUUCUUGAAGAAUCCAGACAUUCUCUUUCUGGACGAGGCGACGUCUGCGCUAGACACCUUUACAGAAGCUUCGCUCAUGCGCGACUUGAAUUCGACGCUGUUGAAUACCAAUCGGACGGCGAUAUUCGUCGCACACCGCCUGCGGACCAUUUCCGACUCUGACCUCAUCAUCGUGUUGAGGGAUGGAGUGGUGGAGCAGCAAGGCAAGCACGAUGAGCUGCUCGCCCAACCCAAGUCCCUCUAUGGCGAUCUUUGGGAGUCUCAAUCCACCGUUGGCAUGGGGCAUGGUGCGGGAGAAGGAGAAAGCUCAAAAGAGGCCCCAAAGUAG